UGCUCUUCCUCCUUGUCCUCAUCCUGCUCUUCGGCCUGAUGAUCUGGCUGACCCUGUACCCGCUGGGCUUCCCCAAAUCCCUGCUGAAGCUCCAGCCCAUCGAGGAUUUCAAUUUCAAGCUGCUCCUCUUGGGCAUCGCCGCCCUCAACUUCUUCGCUGCCUUCGUGCUGGAGACCGCCCUGGAUCAUGGUUUGCUCAGCUGCUUCCGAAGGCUGCGCCGGAAAAAAGCCUCCAAGAAGCUUUUCAAGAGGCUGGAGAAGGAGCUGAGCCAGCAGCAGCCAGCCUGGCCACCCCUGGACCAGCCCCUGUUUGCCACACCCAGGAUGUCCCUGGCCGUGAGAUAGCAGUGCCAGCUGUGCCUCUGCCCCAGCCCUCGGACACUUCCUUAAUUUAUUGAUCCCGGAAAAAGCAGGAAUGCAGCAGGCGGGAUCCCUCAGCAUCGCAGAUGGGAAUCCCACAGAGAUCCCGUGGCCACGGUGAUCCCAUG